AGUAACACUAAGCAGUUUCCUCUCUAAAAUACUCAAAUGCUAUUAUUAUGUUUUCACUCUCUUCAUUCCUUUCUUCUUCUUCUUCUUCUUCAGAGCACUCUUAUUUAUUGCUUUGUUCCUACUAUUUCUGCUUAAUAUAUGGAUUAUUUUUAUUCUCUCUUUCUCUUGGUUGAUUUUUUUCUGUUCUAGUUUUACUAUUGUCAAUGAUUUUGCUUCAAACUUAGAUAAAGUUGUCUCUUUUAGUUUGAGCUAAGUUUUAUUCUUGGAUCAAGCUCUUUUUUAUUUUUUAUUUUUUGCAUCCCCUUGAUUUCACUUUGAUUCUAGUUUCUUGCUAUAUUCUGUGACCCUUUUGCCCAAAGUUCCAGUCUUUGAUUUGCUAAAAAGCAAAGUAUGGUUCUUGUACGGAUACCCCAUUUGAGGUUCUUUCUGUUUCUGCUUCUUCAUAUUCACUGCAUCAGCUGCUACAACACCACAACAACACCAUUGGGCUGUACGGACACAGGCCGUGUCUGCACCUCUUUCUUGGCCUUUAAGCCUCAGAACCAAAGCUUAGCUGUGAUUCAAAGCAUGUUUGAUGUGUUACCCGGUGACAUCACUGUUGAGGAUAGUGGUUGGGACUAUGUGUUCAUAAGGAAGAACUGUUCUUGUGCCUAUGGCCUCAGGAAGUAUGUGUCUAACACCACUUUUACUGUGAAAUCCAAUCAAGGGUAUGUGUAUGAUUUGGUUAUGGAUGCUUAUGAUGGUCUUGCUUUGCCUCCAAACACAACAAGGAGGGCUAAGAAUGGUGCUGUUGUGUCUUUGAGGUUGUUCUGUGGCUGCUCUAGUGGCUUGUGGAACUAUCUGAUGAGUUAUGUUAUGAGAGAUGGUGACAGUGUUGAAUCAUUGGCAAGUAGAUUUGGGGUUAGUAUGGAUAACAUUGAGAGUGUGAAUGGCAUUGGUAAUCCUGAUAAUGUCACGGUUGGUUCGGUUUAUUAUAUACCUCUUGAUUCAGCUCCAGGUGAUCCCUAUCCCAUUAACAAUACUGCUCCUCCAGCUCCUGUUCCCGCCCCAUCUGUUGAGAAUAUCUCAGGUAUGGAUUAUUGCAAUAUUUCAGCUACUCGUGCAGUAAUAAAAGGCAUAGUUCUCUGUGUUUCUCUGAAGUCAUCAAAUUGUCGCUCUGAAGCCAGAAGUAAUGAAAAAGAUGCUGAGGGGAAGAUAUCUCAUAAGUUCCAUAUUCUUAGAAAUCCAAGUUUUUUCUGUGGUUCUGGGAGGUAUAUAUGUGGCAAAACUGUAGAACAGAAGCAAACUGAUGCCGAAUCCAGUAAUCACACGAUUACCGUUCCCAAAGUUUCAACUCUUGGCCCUGAUGUGUUUGACAUGGAUAAGCCUGUAGUUUUUACAUAUGAAGAGAUUUUCGCCACAACUGAUUGUUUCUCUGAUUCAAAUCUGCUUGGUCAUGGAACCUAUGGUUCUGUUUACUAUAGCCUUCUUCGGGAUCAGGAAGUUGCUAUCAAAAGAAUGACUGCUAUGAAAACAAAAGAAUUCAUGUCAGAGAUGAAAGUUCUAUGCAAGGUCCAUCAUGCUAAUCUGGUAGAAUUGAUCGGCUAUGCGGCUAGUCAGGAUGAGCUUUUCCUUGUUUAUGAAUAUGCUCAAAAGGGUUCACUUAGAAGUCAUUUGCAUGAUCCUCAAAAUAAGGGUCAUUCCCCACUUUCUUGGAUCAUGAGGGUCCAAAUUGCUCUUGAUGCCGCUCGGGGACUUGAAUACAUACAUGAACACACUAAGACUCAUUAUGUCCACCGGGACAUCAAGACGAGCAACAUUUUGCUCGAUGCUUCCUUUAGAGCAAAGAUUUCGGAUUUCGGGUUAGCAAAACUUGUUGGGAAAACAAAUGAUGGCGAAGUUUCAACAACCAAAGUUGUUGGUACUUAUGGAUAUCUUGCACCAGAAUACUUGAGUGAUGGCCUUGCAACAACAAAGAGUGAUGUCUAUGCAUUUGGUGUUGUCCUUUUCGAGAUCAUAUCGGGGAGGGAGGCCAUUAUUCGAACAGAAGGAACGAUGUCCAAAAAUCCGGAUAGGCGUUCAUUGGCGUCUGUGAUGUUGGCAGUCCUUAGGAACUCGCCGGAUUCCGUGAGCAUGUCAAACAUGAGAGAUUAUAUUGACCCAAAUAUGAUGGAUCUGUAUCCCCAUGAUUGUGUAUUUAAGAUGGCCAUGCUGGCGAAGCAAUGCGUGGAUGACGAUCCGGUCUUACGGCCGGACAUGAAACAAGUUGUGAUAUCUCUCUCACAGAUUCUUCUUUCUUCAAUUGAAUGGGAAGCAACUCUGGCAGGGAAUAGCCAAGUAUUUAGUGGCCUUGUUCAGGGAAGAUAGAUAGUUUACACACUCAACAUAUCUCACUCUUUCACUCACCAUUUCUCAACAGGAUUUCUGUUUUUUUUUAAUCUUUAUCCUGCCCUAUACUCCUUCUUAUUUUGUUUUAUUUUAUUUUAUAUAUUUUUGGUUGAUAAUUAUGUGUCCAUAGUAGAUACCUACCUGUGAUUAUGGACCUAUAGUGGGUCAAUAUCUUAUUUUUGGCCAUUUAUUUUUCAUGAAUGUCUUAGCUUAAGCUAUAUACAAUUAUACAUAUAUAUAUCAUGGUUUCCAAUAUUUAGAAAAUUUUGGAUGUAACUAAGGAUAUAUUAUGAUGAUAAUGUUAAGGAAGGAAAAUAUUAAUCUUGGGUUUGUAAUGAUACUGGAAGUUGUAAUUUGACAUUAAUCUAUGCAUGUUUAUAUUCUUUGA